CAAAAACUGAAGUUGUCAUUAGCAGCGCGCAUGAUUUUUUUGCUGUUUCAUAUGUCUACGAAUCAGGUGUUUGAAAAAAUGAAAUGUUGAAUUCUGGUUAAAAAUAAAUAGUUUAGGUGGGGUAAAAUAAUAACAGUAUUACUUUUUUUGUAAUUAUAAUUAUAAAUAAAUAUAUUUAUUCAUAUUAUUGUUCACUGCAAAAAAAAACAACAUACACAUAAAUAUGCCUGAAAACAACGAAAAUUUAUUAUCUCGACGUUUGAAUAAAGUUCUAGAAUCACGAUUUGAAAAUGAUAAGGAUACACUGGAUGCUCUUAAGCAACUAUCUACAUUUUAUAAGGAAAAUACAAUUCAGGCAAGGAGAAAUCUCAGGAGUCAAAUAGAAAAACAAAGCCUUGAAAUCAAUGAAAACUUCUUGUCUUCUUUCCGAGAAGUCAAGGAUUCCUUCGAUUCAGUUUAUAAAGACAUAAUGGAGAUUAAUAAACAGCUUCAAGAAAUGACAACAAAAGUACAGAACACCAAAACACAUACCAGGAAAUUGUUGGAUCAAACCAGCAGUUUACAAAACGAUGGUUUAAAUAAUGAAAUCCAACAAGUAAUUGUUAAAGCAUUUUUAAAAACAUUUCAGUUAACACCUGAUGAAAUUCUUAUACUACAUGGUAAUAAACAGAAUCGGAAUUCACCAAUAACAAAAGAAAUAUUCAGUGUUUUGGAUAAAGUUCAUAAUAUUCAUGAAAAUUGUAAAUUGUUGAUGCAAACUGGACACCAAACUUUAGCUCUUGAUAUAAUGGAGCAAAUGACUUUACAUCAGGAAGGAGCUUUGGAAAGGAUGUACAGAUGGACACAAAAUUAUUGCAGAAAUAUUGAUCAUCCAGAUUACACAGAAAUAGUGACUCUAACAAUGGAAAGACUACAAGAAAGAAAAGUAUUAUUUGAAUACAUUUUAGAAGAAUAUUGUAUUGCCAGGAGAGAUGUUCUUGUUGGGGAUUUUAUAAAUGCAUUGACUCGCGGGGGCCCAUCUGGAAAACCAGCUCCUAUAGAAACUAGGUCACAUGAUCCCCAAAUUUAUAUAACAGACAUGCUGGUUUGGUUAAAUAAGUCGAUCCCUAUUGAAAAAAACAAUAUAGAUAUGCUUGUCUCUCGUUGUAAACAAACGGAAGAACUAUCGAAUGCUUUGAAUAAAGCACUAAACAGUAUUUGUGAAGGAAUAUGUCAAACACUAAAGGUUAGAGUGGAUAAAAUUCUCAAUACUGUCAACAAUGCUGCUGUUAUAUACUCUGUCACAAAUUUGAUAAGAUAUUAUAAAAAGUGUAUUUGCAAGAUAGUUCCAGCUGGUGCUCUUGAAAUAACCCUAACGGAAUUACAGAAUUUCAGUGAAGAAACCUUUAUGACCACUCUCAAUCAACAAAUCGGCAAUAUGUUAAUAAGAAUAGAAGCUCCCCAAAGAGAUUUGUGUCCUACGCCUGCUAUAACUCACAUACUUGCCAUUUUGAGGGACCUUCUAUCUACAGCAAAUAUGAGUGAAGGCAGAGAGACAGAUAUGAUGAGAAUUGCCCAGAGUAUAUUAGAACCAACAUUGAGGGCUGUAAAUGAACAAGCAUCAAGAUUGCCUCCUACAGAUAUGGCUGUUUAUCUAUUGAAUUGUAUGUAUUCGAUGUAUACAUGUUUAUCAUUGUACGAGUUUAUGGAUGAGAGAUUAGAAAGGCUCCAAGCGCAGUCGGAUGCACAAAUUGACACAUUAACUUCCGAACAGGCUAGCUCGUUAGUGGCUAAUUUGUCAUUGGGCCCGAUAUAUACUAUAUUGCAGGAUCAGAGUCAUGGUCCAUUGUCUAGCAUUCCCGGAAUGGAACCAAGCAAUCUACGAAAAUUUUUGGAUAAAUUGGAUUACCUGAUUUCUACACCUGAGUCUUCAUUGCUUCCUCAAAUUAACUUAUUGUCAUCGUCCAAGCAUAAACAUGCCAUACAAAAGAGGGCUUUUGAUCUUCUUAUAGCCAUAUACAAACAACUCUAUGAAGGAAUCAAUAAUCCAUCGAAUUUGUAUGAAAAUCCUCACCUAAUUUUGAAUAAAACACCAGAAGAUUUGACAAAAUCGUUGAAUAAACAAUUUUUGUAAAUUGAAAAUGUUAUUUGUAUGAUUUAUAUUAAAGUUUUAUUGAAUAAAAAGGAGCUGAUAUGUAUGUAGCACAAAAUAAAGGCAUACUUGUAGUAAAUUGUAAAUAGCACAAAAUAAAGGCAUGGUUGAAGUAAA